CCAUCCGUCUGAAGGCAGGUGCAAAAGUAGCUAUAUAUUAUUAUAUUAUUAUUAUUAACUCUAUAGUCAAACCAGAAGUGAUUGCAUAUCCUUGUUUUCCGCUCGCUAUAAUUACUAAGGAAUACUAAUUCGACUGACCCAUUUUGGUUCAUGGGAGAUUUUGUGCGAGGAUUACUUGUACAAGACUGGAUCGGUUCCAACACGCGUUCUAAUGUCGACAACAAACUGUCGAGUGUCGAAAGCUUAUUCGAUGUUUCUUUCUGGGGCUCCAAUGACUGGCAAUUUGUCCUUGAAAACGACCGGCGAUGAGCAUGAGUUGCGUGCUGUUCAAGAGUACAUUGACGCGAAGGGUUUGAAAACUGAUGUGGAGGAAAUGUAUUCUUUGGUACAACAGGAGUUGGAAUGCAUAGAGACUAAGAGAAGCAUAACUGAAGCACAUAGGAUGAGAAAUGUUGAUGACGUGCCUAAGCUGCUGAAAUAUGCGAAAUCGAGAGCCUACCUGCAAGACCAGCUGCGAAUUGAACUCGAACAUUUAGAAGCCGCUUUGGGGAAAUGGAAUGCGGAAGACCGACUGCGGAACCACAGAAUUAAAGUGGAUGCAAAGUCUUUUGCUGAGCUGAGAAGCUACUCGAACCCAACAAAGGAAAUUUUCAGCACAGUCAAGGCUAGUCUGAUUCUUUUGGGGUUCGAAAGCAGAAAUGUAAUUAAUUGGGGGGACAUUUUGACCAUCUUCACCAGCUGUAAAGCUAACAAGACUGAUUUAGUGAAGUGUUUCAAUUCACUGAAUUGUAACGCAGUGCGGUUGGAGACCGCGUUUGAAAGCGAAAUGGUGUUGCGAAGGUCUAGUCUGGAGAAAGUGAACCAUGUAUCGAGCGGAGCUGCUCUUUUCUACAAAUGGAGUGUGCAGAAGAUAGCAGCUGUAAAGAAAGCGUGGGGAGUUGUGACCAGUAGCCGAAUAUGACAUUAUGAUUUAACCAAUUUAAAAAAUUUGUUAUGACCUUUUAAG